AGGGGGGCGUUAAGGGACGCCGCCAUUGCAAAUGACGGAAAGUUUUAAUUUGGAGAUGAAGUCAUGAUAAACAUAUCAAUAUCAUAGCCAUCGUAAUUUCUACGUGUGAGAUUAAGGACUGUAUAUAACAAAUAUAUAUCUAGCCAAUUAACCAAAGAGAAAUUUUCAGAAUUUAGUCAGGGGGUACCCAUCAGGGGUGCGUAGACGCCGGGGAAAUAUCAAUCCGGAAGUCAAAAGGUUCGUACGUAAACCGAUAGCGGUAUCUACACAAUCCAAUACACAUCACAUUCACGAUGGGAACGAAAGACGACGAAUACGACUACUUAUUCAAAGUUGUGUUGAUAGGAGACUCUGGUGUUGGGAAGAGUAAUUUACUAUCAAGGUUCACAAGAAAUGAGUUCAACCUUGAAAGUAAAAGCACCAUAGGAGUAGAAUUUGCAACGAGGAGUAUCCAGGUUGAUGGCAAGACAAUAAAGGCACAGAUAUGGGACACAGCUGGUCAGGAGCGGUACAGGGCCAUCACAAGCGCUUACUAUCGUGGUGCAGUGGGUGCUCUACUUGUGUAUGACAUAGCCAAGCAUCUUACCUAUGAGAAUGUAGAACGAUGGCUGAAGGAACUACGAGACCAUGCUGAUAAUAAUAUUGUCAUCAUGCUUGUAGGCAACAAGAGUGACUUACGACACUUGAGGGCAGUACCAACAGAUGAAGCAAAAGCAUUUGCAGAAAAGAAUUCACUAUCUUUCAUUGAAACCUCAGCCCUGGACUCAACAAAUGUAGAGCAAGCCUUUAAACAAAUAUUAACAGAAAUUUAUAAGAUAGUUUCACAAAAGAUCAUUCGAGAUGGUGGCAAUGGUGAGGACUCACCUAGCUCAGAUGUCAAGCCCAUUACAAUUCCCCCUACAACAGACACAGAGCCAAGGAAGAAGAACUGCUGCCAGUCAAUAUAAGAACCAAUCACCUUAAUAAUUCCCCUCCCAUUCUAAGCUUUCCUUGUCACAUCGCUAAUCUCUAGGGGGUAUCAAUCAUGAGACUGCUAAACAUACUCAGUGUUCACAUAUCAUUAUAUUGUAACAAGGUUGUAUCAUUCAUGACAAGUUUAUCCAAAGUGCACAGACAGUCACGCAAUACAUUCAAACAUAAAUUAAAACCAUUGAAUAAAACUGAACCAAUGCAGUGAAUGUGACCCUUAAUAUCUCCUUCUAGGAGAUUUAGCACAAGCAUGUUGUCAUUUUUUAUGACUAUACAACCUUUUUGCUUCUUCAGGUUUGUUGGACAAGAAUUGUCACUUAUUGGCAAUGGUAAGAUUCACAAGAUUACAAUAGGGCCAGUUGGCAUGCUAAGAAAUGACUUUGUUAAUGAGCCUCAGUAUUGACUAUUGACUAUGCAUUACACCAGAACCAGCUGGGUGCAAGUUCCUGACUAAAGGAUGUUUUACCCUCAUACAGCUGUAACUUGUUUCCAGAGAAUGGAACUCUCUUGUAAAGUUCCAUGAAAUUGGGACACUAUUGGCCACAUUGUUGAAUAGCUUAUGGAAACAAAGUUCCACAUUAUCAAGCAACCAGCGAUACUGGUUUUGGGCAAGAAAAGAAUUGAUUCAAAUUUGCGUAUCCCGGAUUUAUAUGAAUGACAUCUAUUAUGAGGUAAUAUAUAUAUAUAUACACAUGUAUAAAGAGUGUUGUGGUAUGGUCUAGUUUGUAUGCGAAACACAAGUGUUCAUGAAGUUGUUAUGGGCGGCAUUUUGGAAAUGGUUUUUGCAAUUUUGAUUGUUCAUUGAAGACACACAGGAUUUCGUUGCUUUGGAUGGGAUGUCCAUGGAUGGGAUGUCCAUGGACAACAUGUGAAUAUAAUUGUGCAUACAUCUGAGCAGGGCCAAAUUUCAUAGCUGUGCUAACCGCCAAAUUCUGCGCUUACGAUCACCUUUCUCCACUUGCAUGGCAAGCGCCAAAUUUGUGUGCUAGCUUUGUAAGUGUAGUAUGCCUAGUAACAUGGAGUGCGCACAAGCCAAAACUUCCCUCUUACCUGUGCAAUAUGCUUGACGUAAGCGCAGAAUUCCCUGCUUCCAUAAGAGCCAUGAAAUUGGGCCCAGUUUAGAUUGAAGUGCUUGAUGUACCAACAUUUCAUUUUGUUGAUUUUGACAGUUUGCAACAUUCCAAGAGGAGCAUUGAAUAAGGAUGAAUUCAUAUGGUUGGUGCCUGGAAUAGGUCAUGAAUAUCAGGCAAAGCUUUUAUUUAUGGUUUGUCAUAAACAUUAGUGACUGAUUGUUGUAACAGUGAUACUAUGCUACAUGUACAUCUAAAAAGACCGCCAUUAUUAAAAGAUCUGGGGAAAAGUAUCCAUUCAACCCCUCCCGAUAGUCCACCCUUUUUGAGUACUUGCUGUAUGAUAAAUUGUCAAAAGUUCUUAAAGCUGUACAUAGAAUAUUUAUGAUUGCAGUGGGACUAAGUGUGCUGAGAAAAGACUGCUUAACCACAAAGACCAACCAAAGUCUCAUGGUCUUAAUAAUUCGUUUGAAAUUACUGUAGUGGCCUGCAGUUUACUUCUAUGUCUGCAAGUGGUGAAGAUUCUACGAGAUUAUUAUGUGUGUUGAUUUUUCUUCAGGACAAGUGUCACUCAUAUGAAGCAGCCUGCAUUCUUUCAACUGUUGACAAAACAAUAGUUAGAACUUCACACUUCCCAUUGUUUUUGUUGCUUUGGUUUUGUCCUUCAUGCUUUUUCACAUCGUUUCCAAAUACAGGUCAAUUUUGUUAUGAAAAUUUUCUUUUCACAUUGGAAUUGGUCUUGACCAUAGUCUCAAUUAAUUUCUUGAUGCAAUACCAAUAUUACGCUUUUUCAACUUUCAAAUUCCUGUGUAAUGUGUGGUCAGACCACAAAUGUUCAUUGCAAAUAUUUGUAUGUAUGUUCAUGGGUCAAGCACUGUUCGUUUUAAACCGUUUAGGUGCUUAAUAUGAAACCUAGUAAAACAAAAGAUAUACAUGGGCGGCUGUAGGCUCAUAAAGUAAAGGCCCGACUCUCUGUUUCAUGGGACUUAUUGUUUGCAUAGCCUGGUAGCCUGCAAUAGCAUGUGCAUUUUCAGUAGUUUACUCUAUUUGGAGUCGGUGAUGAGAAAUAUACAGUGUCCUAAAGAGGGGCCCACCAUCAAGAUAAAGUGGAAAUGUGCUUUAUAAAAAAUUGAUAGAAAUUGCUUCAGCGUGGCUUGAUAUUUGAAUAUCCAUGUCUUUGUAUAAAAAAUAGAUGUAUGCAAUUUUGAAUAUUCAUUACUUUAUUUUGGCGAAAUGCACUCUGAUAUUUUUGCAGGUGUUUUUGGUUUGUUUAAUAUGUCAUUUCCAAACCCUACUUUGUGUCUUCAAAGGUGUGGGAUUUUCUGGAUGUGACUUGUGUAGCAAAAUGUCCCAAAUUGCACUUAAUAACUAACUAAUGAUCUCAUUCCUAAUAACUUUAUAAUGUACAUAUAAGUAAGACAUGUAGUAUAAAACAAACAAUUAGUAAGGGAGGUACACACAAUUUGACAUUAAUAGCUUUUGAUUUGAUAUUUCUUUUUAUUUUCAACGAUUUAAGUUUAUUAGUUGUUCUGUUAACCAUCAGCUUUUCUGUAAUGUACCUAUUUUAUAAUCUAUUAUAAAUAAUCACUGUGCUUGCUAUACUUGGCUUUCAAACUACAGUCAUCCUUGUUCAAUACUUUAUUGAAAUAUUUCCUGCGUUUGCUGAAUGAAAUCACAUGAUAAUAUCAACAAAUUAGAGAAUGGUGUUUUAAUAAUACCUGGUUUCUGGAAUGUCUUUGGAUCUUAUAUUUGGUUUGCCUGUAUGAAGCAAGUGCAUAUUAACUGGUCUUAGUUUGGGAGUUUUCUCUAACCAUUAUCUGUAUUUUGGUCAUCAGUAUGCUCAAAAUGCCUUUUGGACACUGCAUAAGUGAGAUGUACAUGUAUCAGCAAUUUUAACAUCCAGUGUGAACUUUGUAUUAAUGCUCACAUAUUCAUUGCAAAUUCAUGGAAUAAUUAUGUAAAAUAAUGAUAAUAAUAUAAUAUAUAAUUGUUACGACUGCAGAUGAUGUCAAAAUUUAGUGAUCCUAUUUCACAGAUUGGUUUAGACUUGGCAAAGUUAAACAAAAGUUGGAGUGUCACCAUCCUUUGCAGAUUCUCCCAAAUAUACUGUUUGACAUGCUUCUUUUUUAUUCCAUGUUUUUUUCUUCUCGGUCAUAAAUAUUUUUAGCAAGUGUUAUUGCAAAACUACUAAAAUAUAGUGAUUGUUCUGAUUUCAUAUUGUCUGAUUU